CAUGCGCAGUGCGUAUGAAACGCAGAAGAACGAAGGGAUCUUAGAAAAUGACUUGUCUACGAACAAUUGUCAUAAAUUUAGUGUUCGCUAUUUUGCCUACACACUUAAACCACUUUAAACAAGUUGUAAAUUAGUGUCGUGCAAGAAAACAACGUUUAAUUUUGUCAGUACGGAGAAAAAUAUAGCAAAUUUUAUCACAUUUUAUGCUGUGGAUGGUAAUUACGACGUGGUCCCUAAACCACACGUUUGCUUCCGCAGCACAAGCUACGUAAUUUAAAGAUACCACUCUGUUUGAUGCAGAAUGGGUGGGUUUAAAGACACAUACCAAGAUGUUCAACCAGUAACCCUUAGAAUUGCAGAAGAAAAUGUCACUUCCAGUCUCUACUGCAGCUCAGCUGAGGGCAUUGAAGCUCAUGUGUCCACUUUAGUGGAAGCUUUCUUAGUUGAAGUAUACCGAUGUAGAGUCUGUCAAUUUACCAGCAACCAAAAAGCCAAGAUUAGCCAUCAUGUCAUGGAAAGACAUGAUCCAGUGUCCCCAUGCCCCCAUCUGCCAUGUCUGGAGAAAGAGGAUGAGGAGAGUUUGGGUGUAGGAAUGAGGGUUGAUGAUGAAGAGGAGGUCGACCACAACAGCUCUCCGUACGACCUAGAGAGCGACCUCCAUUCUGGCUCAAAAAGCAACGAGGAUCAGAUGGACAUGGAGCGUAUGUCUUUCCUCCUCCCGAUGUACAGCAUGUUUCAAAACAUCAGCCCACGGUCAUGUGACAUUGGCCUUGGCUCCAACUCUGAUGGCAACUUGCAUGUGGCACAAACUUGUGAGGUGAGCACACUCUUUGAGGAGGGUAGACACGAUGAGGACAGUGAGGAGGAACCUGUGUUUCAGCUGGAGGAUGCUAGCACAGAUCUGGCUGUUCCUUUGAACAGCGGAAUGGACACAGAGGUUCAGGAUGAGGAGAUGGCCCAGUCGGCUCAUCUCAUGACUCUUGGGUUGUGCAGAAUCUCAAGCACUAAGUGUCAACCUCAGUCUGCGAAUUCAGUGAAAAGUCUGUCCCAUCCAGAAGGUGAGCAGGAUGCUGGAGACGCCAGCAUUGAAGCUGAAAUGCAGAAGCCGAAUGAGGAGGAUGGCGGAUUGGCCUGCAUCCUCUGCCAGACAGUUGCAUCCAGUCGAAGCAUGCUAGAGGUGCACCUGAAAUGCCAUAGUGGAGACCAAGGUUUCAGGUGCCCUCGCUGCGGUUGCGAAUCAGAGGAGUGGGUUGAUAUGGAGCAACACUGGAGGGGACAUGGAAAAAGAAAAGGCUCAAAGAGGCAUAAAUGUAGUGUUUGCCCCAGGACAUUUAGAAGAGCUGAUUCUUGUGAAGCGCAUGAAGAAAGGCAUAAUCAGCGGCAUCACUGUCGAUCUGAGUCUGGGGGGCUAGUGCAGUGUUCUCUGUGCCUGGAAUGGUGUCACUCAGGGAAGGAGUGGGAAAUACACCAACAAUGUCAUUUUCAAGGAGGAUUUAAAUGCUUACACUGUGAUUUCAAAGAGAAGUCAUGGAAGAAAACUCUGAAGCAUAUUCACACUCAACACAAACAGGCCAAUAAAAAUCAAGAGAAACAGAUUGCUCACAGUAUAGAAAACCAGCAACUUAACACAUCCACCAAAUACCCAGAAUGCCUCAGAGGUAUGAAGCCAGAGUCAUGGUCCCAGGUUAGGAAGAAGAGGUUGAAAAACAGGGUUGUGGGAAGGGAAAAGAGCAAUGAAGGAGGAAAGGACAGAGUGGGUCACCUGAAGGGUGAGACAUCUGUUGGACUCGCUGUUUCCAGAAGGAAAGAGUUCUGCUGCAACCUCUGUGACAAGAAGUUUUCCACCAAGUUGACCAUGCGGCGUCACAUGGGCAUUCAUCAAGGAGAUAAGCCAUUUAAGUGCCCACACUGCCACUACUGCACUCGUCUCAAAGCCUCGCUCAAACAGCACCUCCGCGUCCACACAGGUGAGAAGCCAUACAAGUGUUCGCAGUGCGCCUAUGCUUCUAUUGACAGAAGCUCUCUGCGCCGACACUCAAGGACGCACACACAAGAAAAGCCUUACUGCUGCCAGUACUGUCCAUACAGCAGCAUCCAGAAGAAGAGCUUAGACCUCCAUUCACGGCGUCAUCACACAGGAGAGUCGUUCCCCUGUCACCUGUGCCCGUAUUCCACACCAGACCGCCAGCUUCUGGUGCGACACAUGAGGAAACAUCACAGUGCCGAACAAACCGCCGCACUGGGGCAGAGGAACAGCUCUGGUUCUGGCUCCCAAACUGCACCUUCUCAAAGAGCACGGACAUCCAAAUGAUAUUUAUGAUUUGUAAAUAAAAUUGAUUUUUAUGUAUUUUUUAAUUCCUUUGCCUUGGGAGUUUCCAGUCACUUAUUUUAUUCCAGUCACUUAUUUUAUAAUGACAAAGCAAAGUAUUGUUUUCUUAUGGUUUGAUAAGUUUGGUGGAAUAUAGGUGAAUGUAAUUUACUUUUUCAGUGGGUGGUUAAUUACAGCUUUAAAAUAGUAAGCGAUUAAAGGAUUGACCAAUGCUAUGAUACAGCAAGUGUAAUACUGUGCUUAAAACUACAAGCAAAUCCCACCACCAAUCCAAUAGAAACUGGAUUAUCCCACCUGUUGCUCAGUGCACGAGCAGCCAAAUUUCACUUUAACAGAGGACUACAAGCUUUAUUUUGGCCUUUUUAGAUGUUUGUUUUAAAUAUUUUAAGGAUAUAUUUGAUUUUAACAACUAUUUUGUGUUAACGUAUUUACUUUGGGAAUAAUGAGAGGGAAAAAGUAGGUAAAAUUAUCUCACUUUGUAUUUUUUUUUCAAUGACAACGACCAGCGGCACUAUACGGCGGCAACCAAUGAGAUUGCAGUUAGUGACCUGGCGCUUAAUGCAAUUGGAUACUGCUGAGAAUAGGAACGCCCACCAGCAUCUGACAGGAAUAACAGAUUCGAUGACCUUUAACGGUUUAGUGGCUCUGUGAACUCGAGAAAUUCAUGAUUUUGGAUGAGAGUUCACAGGGAAUGCGCACAAAUGGAGCUUUUAGAGCUCAUUAUCUGCAGGCGAAGAGGAAAGCGGAGGAGUUUGAAGUUUGUACAACUUGUGUCAGAAGAUUUGUAUAUCCCACGAAAUUAUGGCAGGUGCUGAUAUGGAUUUCUUGCCUCACCUGAGCGUAAAUGACUGUUGGGUCGUUGGGCUCGAACGCUUCGCUGUUGGUCCUGCUGGAGAAGAAGAGGAGUUUUUCGAAAUUAGGACUGAAUGGUCUGAAAAAAGCAUAAGAUAUCUGCGAAGGCGAUAUCACGAUCUAGUGAAACUUGUUAAGAAUUUGAGCAAAUCAUUUCCAGACGACAGAGGACUUUUGCCUCAGUCAUUGAUGCUUGAGGCACUACAGAGGAUAAAGGAAGCAGAAGAAAAUAAUGUUGAAACUAGGUUGGAUGAAGUGGAAAAAUUAUUGAGAAAUAUCAUCAAAAUGCCACAAAAGUUCUCUCAGUCUGAGGCAGUUCUUACAUUUUUCAAGACUUCUCCUCUUGACUAUACCUUGAAAACCAUGUAUGAACCAAUCCAGCCUUUCUACCAGAGUCCUGUCACUGUAGCUGAUGUCAGAAGGGCCAAUGGGUUUUGUUUGGCCAAUACAGAAACUGUUCUUUUUGAUGCGUAUUUACUAGCAGAAGGAGGAUCAGAGCCAUCUUCAAAGUACAGCUCUGAGAUUGAGUCCCAGAUAUGGACCGGAACGAGAAUACAAAAUGGACUCCAAUGUGUUAAGGAAAUUGUGCACAAACCUGACAAGGGCUUCAUGGCUCUUGGUACCACUGAAAGUAAAGAUACAGAUUAUCAACCUAAAAAAUCACCGAUUACCACUAGCAACUUGACCUACCUCCACCUACAAGCCUGUGAGACAGAUAUCCUUGAAUGACAUAAUGCAAUUGACCACAUAAUUACAUCUUUCUAGUGUGAAAGUGUACAGAAAUGUUUUGUCUUUAAGAAUAUUUUGUUUUAACUAAAAUAAUACAUUUCUAAAUGAUUUAUAAAAUAACUAUAAGAUUUAUAAAAAUGGAUAUGAUUAAUAUUUUUAUGAUAAGAUGAACUGUAAUAUUAAUAAAAAAAAAUUAACCAGCUCUGAUUAAUGUUCUCCCCCCCAAGACCUUUGUUCAUUUUCUGGUAUUUACAAAUCACAUAAAAUGUUUAGUUAGCUUGAAUAUUGUGAAUGAAGGUUAUUUUACACUAUGUAUAUAUUAGAGAUGCACCGACACUAAAUUUCUCCACUGAUACGGAUAACCCACUAUUCAGAGUGAUAUCUGCCGAUACCGAUAAUUUGGGGGUACUGCCUUUUAUAUCUUCUUUUAAAUGAAUGAUAAUUUCAUUAUAAUUAAUAAUUAAUUAUUUUUUAAAUUAUUUUAUUUUGAAAAAAAUGCAAAUAUAACUUUAUUCUCUCCAUUUCAUCAACUCGUUUCAGAGUAACUGGUAUCAGUUAUAAACAAACACAUUACUCAAAUUAGUAUUAACUAAAUUCUGAAGAUUAAAUUAAUAUUUCUUAACUUUCUGAAUGUUAUUAAUUCAUAUAAUUACUAUUAAUAUUAAACAUCAAACUGGUUUCUUAGCAUUUUUUUACACAAAGCACAAAUUCAGUGCAUUUUCCUGACCUCUUGAUUGACAGGAUAUAUCAGUUUAUUUUUAAACUAACCGAUAAAAGCAAAUUUUUACACUAUCGGCUAUCGGCCGAUACCGAUUAUUGGCCGAUAUAUCGGUGCAUCUCUAGUAUAUAUCCUUGGGAUAUUUUACACUAUAUAGCCAAAUGUAUGCUGAUAUCCGAACACCACACUAUAUAUGUUGUUGAGCAUUUAAUAUCAAUUAUGAAUGAGCAUUUAAUAUAAUAUCCUUUGCCAUUAAUGAUUUUCAUUGUUCUUGUAAAUCAUUAAACAUGUCUACAGGAAUAUGCUCCCAAUCUGACAUGUGUCGGUGAAUCCAGUUUCUGAUGUUGAAUGAUGGUUCUUCUUCAGUACACAGUAAAAAAACAGUGCCAAAUUA